AGAGGGGAGAAGGGGGCAGCCGCUCGGGAGAGACAGAGGGGACUACUUGCCUUGGGAGACGACAGCCGGGCUUCCUUCGCGGAGGAAAAAUCAUGCAGUUUGCAAUCUGGCUGGUUGGACUAAUGUGUCAUCUGUCAGCGCUGGUCCGGGACACUUUGCAACACCGAUUGCAUCCGAAACAAGAAAGCUUCAUCAAGCAGCUGUCAUCGUACGAAAUCAUCACGCCGCUGCGCGUCAACGACUUCGGAGAGUCGUUCCCCCACAAGUUGCACUACAGGAGGAGGCGGCGCAGCCUGAGCGGGGACCUGUCGGGUCUGCGGGUCCACUACCGGAUCGACGCGUUCGGGGACCGCUUCCACCUCAACCUGACCGCGGAGUCCGGCUUCAUCGCCCCCUCGUACACCGUGACACACUUGGGAGCGGAGCAGCGCAGCGACGCCGCGGACUCCCACUUCCACGAGCCGGGCGACAUGCGCCACUGCUUCUUCCGCGGCCAAGUGGACACCAGGAGCCAGUACCCGGCCGUCUUCAGCCUGUGCACCGGCCUCAUUGGAACAUUUACGACGCAACACGGUGAAUACUUCUUGGAGCCGCUUUUAAACGCCGCGGGGGAGGAAUAUGACGAAGAGCACAACAAACCUCAUCUCGUCUACCGGCACGAGAGGAAGAGGAACGUCUCGCAUACCGACAACCACACAGAGCCCUGUGCUGCCUCAGAAAACUCCAAGAAGCCGGUUGCUUUUGAGAAUAUAUGGAGUAUGGGAGAGGAGCUGGACUCUCUCAGAGCCACCAUCGAUGAUCAGCACGUUCACGACAACAGCUCCACCAGCACGCCGCCCAAAGCCCCACGCAGACGCAAGCGCUUCCUCUCCUACCCUCGCUACGUCGAGCUGAUGGUGACGGCGGAUGCCAAGAUGGUGCGUCACCAUGGGCGCAACCUAGAACACUACAUCCUAACAAUCAUGUCAGUAGUAGCAGCAGUGUACAGGGACCCCAGCGUCGGAAACCUCAUCAACAUCAUGAUUGUCAAGCUCGUCAUCGUCCACAAUGAACAGGAAGGGCCCACGGUGAGCUUCAAUGCCGCCACGACGCUCCACAACUUCUGUGUGUGGCAGCAGACCCAAAACUUCAAGGAUGACAGCCAUCCCUCGCACCAUGACACGGCACUCCUCAUCACCAGGGAGGACAUCUGCCGCGCCAAAGAUAAAUGUGACACGUUAGGGCUUGCAGAGCUGGGGACCAUGUGCGACCAAUUCCGGAGCUGCUCCAUCAGUGAGGAAAAUGGAAUUAGUGCCUCCUUCACCAUCGCUCAUGAGCUGGGCCAUGUGUUCAACAUGCCUCACGAUGACAACCCAAAGUGUCGGGAGGCGGGCAUGAAGCACCAGUACCACGUCAUGGCUCCCACCCUCAACUAUGACACCAAUCCCUGGUCGUGGUCCAAGUGCAGCCGCAAGUACAUCACGGAGUUUCUAGACACCGGCUAUGGGGAGUGCCUCCUCGAUGAGCCCGGAGGCAGGACGUACGAGCUGCCCACCCUCCUCCCUGGUCAAAUCUACAACGCCAACAGACAGUGUGAACUGAUGUUUGGACCCGGUUCCCAAAUCUGCCCUUACAUGAAACAGUGCAAGAGGCUCUGGUGUACCAGCGCAGAGGGGGACCACAAAGGAUGUCGCACACAGCACAUGCCGCUGGCUGAUGGGACCGACUGUGGAAAUGGAAUGUACUGCAGACACGGGAUGUGUGUAAACAAGGAGCUGGACCUGAAGCCAGUCAACGGGGAGUGGGGGCCAUGGGGGCCCUACAGUGUUUGCUCCAGGUCCUGUGGUGGAGGAACCCGGAGCAAUGGCAGAGACUGCAACAAACCCGAGCCCAGAAACGGCGGGAAGUUCUGCGUCGGUCGCCGGAUGAAGUUCCGCUCCUGCAACACGGAUCCGUGUCCGCGAGGACAGAAGGACUUCCGCGAAGAGCAGUGCUCCCACUUCGACGGCAAGCACUUCAACAUCAACGGCCUCCCCCCCGCCGUCCGCUGGGUCCCCAAGUACAGCGGCAUACUCAUGAAGGACCGCUGUAAGCUCUUCUGCCGGGUGGCUGGGACGAUGGCGUACUAUCAGCUGAAGGACCGCGUCACCGACGGCACGGCAUGCGGGCCAGACACUUACGACAUCUGCGUUCAAGGCCUCUGCAGGCAAGCCGGCUGCGACCACGUUCUCAACUCCAAGGCCAGAAAUGACAAGUGCGGCGUGUGUGGCGGGGACAACUCGUCUUGUAAAACCAUGGCGGGGACCUUCAACGACGCCCAGUAUGGUUACAACACGGUGGUGCGGAUCCCCGCCGGAGCCACCAACAUCGAUAUCAAGCAGGUCAGCUACUCCGGAAAGUCAGAGGACGACAACUACCUCGCGUUAUCUGACGACCAGUCCAACUCCCUCCUGAACGGGAACUUUGUGGUGGCCAUGUUCAAAAGGGAAAUCACCUUCAAGGGAAUCGUCAUCGACUACAGCGGCUCGGACACAAAAGUGGAGCGCAUCAACUGCACCGACCGCAUCGAUGACGUGCUGGUUCUGCAGGUCUUGUGUGUGGGAAACCUCCACAACCCAGAUGUCCGGUACUCCUUCAACAUACCCAUCGAGGAACACAGGGAGCAGUUUGUGUGGGAUCCUUCAGGCUCCUGGCUCGAGUGCAACCGCAUCUGUCAGGGUGAGCGAAGACGAAAGGUGGUAUGUGUGCGUAAGAGUGAUCACCUCGAGGUAUCGGACCAGCGCUGUGAACAUUUACCUCGUCCCGUUGCCGUGGCUGAGCCUUGCAACGCCGAGUGUGAAGUCAGGUGGCACGUCGCCGGAAAGAGCGAAUGCACCGCUAAGUGCGGCGCGGGCUACCGCAGUCUGGACGUCCAGUGCAUGAAGUACAGCCUGGUGAAGAGGCAGAGCGACCGGAUGGAGGCCGGCGCCUGUGGUGACGCCGGCAAGCCUCAGACCCGAGAGGCCUGCCACGGGGACUGUCUGCUCAAGAGCUGGCAGUACAGCGCCUGGUCCCAGUGCUCCAAGACGUGUGGCCGCGGGAGCCGGAGCAGAGAGUCCUACUGCAUGAACAACCUGGGCCGACGGCUGGUGGACCGGGAGUGCAACGAGUACCAGAGGGCGCUCACGGAGACCUGCGGAGACCAGCCGUGUCCCAAGUGGACCUUUAACGAGUGGAGUGAGUGCCUGGUGACUUGUGGUAAGGGGAUGACACACAGACGAGUGUCCUGCAGCUUGGGAGCCGGGGAGGAAAAGCUGAGCGAGCACCUCUGCGACCCGUCCAACAAACCUCCGGCUGUGGGGAGCUGCGAGCUGCCCGUCUGUGCGUCCUGGCAGGUUGGCGUCUGGGGAGCGUGUACAGUGACCUGCGGCCAUGGCUACCAGAUGAGAGCCGUGAGGUGUGUGUCGGGGGGCUACGGUGACACGGUCCACGACAGAGAGUGCAACGCUGCAGCGAGGCCGAGAGACAAUCAGGACUGUGAGAUGCAGGCGUGUCCCUGGGCUCCGGUGCAAAGCACACCUCGUCCUAACAACUCGGCUCAACUCCUGACCCAGUGGCGAUACGGCUCCUGGACUGCGUGCUCGGUGUCCUGCGGCAAGGGGAAGCGGGCGCGCUACGUCAGCUGCAGAGAUGCCCAGGGAGGAGUCGCCGACGAGUCCCACUGCACCCACCUGCCCCGGCCCCCGGAGUCCUCGGCCUGCUUCAGCCCCUGUGGCCAAUGGCGGGCCGGGGAGUGGUCUCCUUGCCCAGUGACUUGUGGCGUUGGAAGAACCACCAGGCAGGUGAUCUGCUCCAACUACCACCAGCCGGUGGACCAGUCCUUCUGUGACCCGGAUGAGAAGCUGGCGACGGAACAAGAGUGCAGCGCUGCCCCGUGCCCCUCCAUCUCCCACCGCCAGCGCAUCAACGAUCAGCCCUACGGAUACCCCCAGGACCCCGGACGCCAUCCCGGACACAGCAGCUGGAAUGUGCCCUCGGCAGACAACCAGUGGAGGACCGGACCCUGGGGCGCAUGUUCCAGCACCUGUGCGGGAGGUUUCCAGAGGCGAGUGGUGGUGUGCCAGGACGCCGACGGGCGCAGCAGCACCUACUGCGAUGAGAGGGUCAAACCGGCCGAGUCCAAGGGAUGCGACUCCGGGCCCUGUCCUCUGUGGAACUUCGGCGUCUGGGGAGAGUGCACACAGACGUGUGGCGGUGGAAGGACGACCCGCCUGGUGGUAUGUCAGCGGCCCAACGGCCAGAGGCUAAACGACUACAACUGCGACAUCCUGGACAAGCCGCCCGACAUGGAGCAAUGCAACCUGCAGCCCUGCCCGGGCUCUGCCUCCUGGCACCGCCAACCAUGGAAGCCGUGUUCGGUGAGUUGUGGCCGGGGGACCAAGCAGCGAGACGUCGCCUGCGUUCACCAGAACCAAACCGAAAUAGAAGAGGAACACUGCGGUCAUCUUCCUCGGCCGCGGACGCAGAAGGCCUGUCGGGCGCGGGGGUGUCCCGGUUGGAAGGCCAACAGGUGGACGGAGUGUUCUGUCACCUGUGGGGUCGGAGUGCAGAAGCGAGACGUUUACUGCCGACUCAAAGGCACCGGUCAGGUCAGGGCGGAUCUGUGCGACGCUCGCCAGCGUCUCGCCCUCGUCCAGCCUUGCCAGUCUGAAGAAUGCCUCCUCGCCCAUUACACUUGGGUCGCCGGUGAAUGGGAAGAAUGUAAUGCGACGUGUGGAGAAGGCACGAGGAGCAGGAAGGUGGGGUGCAUGGGCCCGGGGAUGACACCGGUCCGGGAGGAUUACUGUACACCGUCGCCCCGGCCUCCAUCACGCCAGGCCUGCGAAGGCGCCGCCUGCCACUACGCGUGGAUGACGGGGGAAUGGUCACAGUGCUCCGCCAGCUGCGCGGUGGGCUACCAGCAGCGGUUGGUCUCCUGCUCCGCGACGCCCUCCUCUCGGGCUCGGCGGCCCUAUGCCGCGGCCCGGUCCUCUUCUACCGGCACCCUCUGCGCCGAGCCCCACCCUCCCGGCUCCCGGCCUUGCCUCCUCGGGGACUGCCCACACACGACCUACUGGAAAGUUGGCCCGUGGAGCAAGUGUUCGCAGACCUGUGGGGCAGGAGUGAUGGAGCGCAGAGUGGAGUGUGUGACCUCCAAAGGUCAACCAUCCAAACAUUGCCGACCUUCAGAGAGGCCGGAGUCUCAAGCUGCAUGUCAAGCCAGAGAAUGCCAGUUAUUCGCUUCGUGCCGAGAGAUCCAGAUGAGGCUGGGCGUGAAGAUGGACGGGGAAUACCAUCUCAAAGUGAAGUCCCGGAUACUACAGAUUUACUGUGCCGAGAUGCACACCGAUUUCCCCAAGGAGUACGUGACCUUGCGCAGCGGUCAGACGGACAACUACUCCGAGGUGUACGGGCACAGGUUGCUGAACCCCUUCGAGUGUCCGUUUAACGGCAGCCGGAGGCGGGACUGCGACUGCAGGAACGACUACUCGGCCGCCGGGUACACGCUCUUCCACAAAGUCCGUCUGGACCUGAGCUCCCUGAGGAUAAUGAUCACGGACCUCCAGUUUUCCCAGACUCUUCUUGGUCGACCUGUGCCCUUUGCUACGGCGGGAGAUUGUUAUAGUGCAGCCAAGUGUCCCCAGGGCCAGUUCAGCAUUAAUCUGAUCGGCACUGGUCUCAAAGUGGCUGAAGAAACCAAGUGGACGACGCAGGGAAACUAUGUUUCCAUCAAAGUUCACAGAUCUGAGGACGGAGCAAGAAUCUACGGCCGCUGUGGUGGUUUCUGUGGGAAGUGCAUUCCCCAGGUUCACAACGGCCUACUCCUUCAAGUCCACUGAGGGCCAUGCAGGGACCAAACUCCUGAACUAUUCUGAAGACCAGCCCAGAAACAUGCAAUAACAGUGAUUCGUUGGACCUCGUCGUCAUCUGUAAGUGUGGUGGUGGCGGAGCAUUUAACAGCGAUCAUCCUACUGAGACAUACCCACUUCCCAAAUGGCAGCUAACGCAUACAAGACCCUAUGUCCAGUCCUGUGCAGUGCUACAAGGCCACUGCCUGGUCCUUCAUCCAAACGGCUAACUUUGAAGAAGAGCUAUAUCUGCAUGACACCAGUGUUGCAAUCGCUAUCAAAAACGUCUGUGCUUUGGAACCUACAACGUUAUUUUUUUUUGGACACUUUUGUGCAUAAUACAAAGGGAUAAAACAUUUCAAAACACUGGGAAAGCAACUACAGGAGAAACACGUAGUACUUUAAGUUCCUCAUAUUUGGAAAAAAAUAAAAAAAGGCCUACAGCUAUCCUGUGAAGUGAAGCAUAAUCUAUGAAAGAAAAUAUGUCUGGUAAAACACAUUUUUACAGAAUUAACUUUCAAUCAAUAAGACAAUGUAACAAUUGAUGUACUGUAUGUUUGUAUUAACCGAUGCAAUCCUCUGGUCAAAGAAGUGCGGGAUGGUUGUUGUAUUUUACAGUGUAAAGGUCAUUUGGUUAAUUUAUCAAAAAGGAAGUAAUACAAAAACAUUGUAUUUUUUAAGACUAAAAACUUCAGAUAUUCUUGGCCUUUAAAAGGCUUAAAGGAAAGGUUUGACACGUUGCUAUUUUAUCUCUACUUCUUUGUCUGGAGAUAUCACUCUGUUUACGGUAAAUGUAAAGUGACCACCAGCAGCCGCUCAGCUUAGCUUCAUCGACUGGAUACAGAUAGCCUGGCUCCGUUUCAAGUUACAAAAGCUGUGUACCAGCAGCUCUAAAUGUCAUUAAUUAGCAUGUUGUAUGUCAUAUGUUUAAUCUGAACCAAAACCAUUUAGUUUUAUUGGGCUGCUAUUAAAAUAUUAUGUGCGGGACCAACUAAGAUUACCACUGUUCCAAGUCUUUUUGCUAAACUAACUGGCUACUGGCUGUAGCUUCACAUUUAGCAUGCAGACACGAGUGUGGCAUUAAUAUGAUCAUCUUCCGCAAGUAAGUGAAUCUGUGUUUUCUAAAAUGUUGAACUUUUCAUUUGGGGGCGCAAAACUUAAAGAAAGAGUAAGCUAGCAACUAACUACUGAUAUGACCUGCCUUCUGUCCGAGGUCAAACUUUAGGAGAGCACGAGGAGCCUUUAGAACAACUGCAGAUCAUUUUAGUUUUCAAUGUUAUGUAUUUCUAAAGUGUCUGCUGUCAUCUGUUGCCAGGUAUUUCACAAAACUAAUACUGCGAAUACACUGACUGACGUAUAACUGUCACAUAGAGACAGAAUAAACACCAGCGCUGUGAGGAGGAAAUAGCUGAAAUAUUUCAAUAUUUCCUGUCGUUUAAGUACAUUCUAAAAGUCUUUUGUGGCUUUUUUAAACUCUGAGGAUUGUUUUUUCUUUCUAGUGACGCCACAUAAACACGUUAUCUGUUACACCGUGACACAGUAUCAGGUGUGAAGUCUCAUCUAACACCCUCCGUUGGGCCUACUGUAGGUACCUGCAACUCCUACCUCUUACAAAUAUCCAUACUCUACUGAGAUAUGCGUGGUAAUAUAUUUAUGUUGACCAUAUUUAUUCUGUAAUGACUGUAGAUAUGUUCUAUGUUUUAAGGUACAAUGACUACUACCAGCAGAGAAGACAUUGUCGUUUUUUUGUUCUUUGUCUGCUUUGCUAAAAAAGUAUUAGCCUACUACUAUAUGUCGUGUUUAACCACUAACCUGAAAUGAGGAUCUUUUAAAUGGUGCUUUAGAACUACUGGAAUUACUUUUGAUCUUCAGAAGAAAAACACUGGCUUUUGUUUUUUUUGGCAGAUGUAGGAUCUGCCUCUAAUGCAUGUAACGGUCCUCUCAUUAAUGUAGCUGUAAUCUAGCUGUAAGGUUGCCAGAUAUGUCAGAUAUACCCCUGCAUGAGGAAAUCUGCCCUUCAGUCGUACCCAACUCAUCACAAGUGACUUUCAACAUGACCGCUCCAGCUACCAACCUAACAUGCUGGUACACUGACGUGAAGCUUUAACCAAAGUUAGAACGUAGAUGCAGAUGUUUCUCUUCUCAGACAAUGCAGCUUCUUUUUGAUUUAAAGGAUGGCUAAAAAAUAAAUAAGUCAAUGAGCAGCUAGAAAACCUUUGGCCAUCAUUUGUUUUUAUGAUGGGCAAUUGUUCUAUGAGGUCUGUAUCAGAAAUUUAAAGAAUACUUGAUGCACUAUGUGCCAUACAUGUUGUAGAAAUGUAAUCCUUUUUUGUAAUAACCGUUAAGAUUUGUAACUUAUGAUAUAUGUGUAUUUUUAAUAUUCCUACUUGAAUUGUAAACAGUGUGGUAUAUUGAAUGGGCAUUAGUACUGAUAGAGAAACGGUGUGCUUGUUUGCCAUGCUUUAUCCAAAGAUGUUUUUAAGAUUCAUAUGUACCUACAGUAUGUAUGUAGCAUGUGUAAAAGAAAUGAAUGAUUGAUUCUGGUGCUAUGCUUUCUAAUCGUUCCUAUACUGUAUGUCUUGCUACAAUACUAACGCUGUUAAAAAUAAGUAAUAAUAAAAAAAUGCUUUUCAGCUGA